AUGUCGGACUCAUUCCCCUUAUUCUUAAUCGAUCUGAAUCAAUUAAUGAUAGGUCUACGCUACAAUCAUCAUCAUUACCAUGUCCGAGAACGUAACACUACUCAGCAGGCCAUAGACGCCUAUAACACAUGGACAUUUCCUGAUCAUCUUCGAGCGGAUACGAAAGGUGACUUGAAAAUCGAUAGUAAACAACUUACUCUCACUGGCAUGGCGCUUGGCUUAAACUCAGCUCUGACGAUACCUGAAUUCAAGAAAAAAUUACCACCAUGUCCAAUGUUAUUGCUGUCCAAUAGCGAAGGUGUCCUGCUCGUUUAUUACUUUCUUCAUCAACAAUUGCAAUUCGCUUGCCAUGCACCUGAAGUAAUCAAGCCAAUUCAAGCUGGAAACAUUUUCGGAAGUGCAGCGCCAACAUCAUCGUUAGCGUUAACAGGAACAUUUUCCUCAUCACAGCCCCCAACCAACGGUUUUCAAAUGACUCAACUAAAUUCAACAGCGGCACUUUCGCGCAUUCCUAUUGCUUCGCAAGGAAAAGAGAAGACUAACCUCACAAGUGCCUUUAACUUUACGCAAGCACCUCCACAAAUUGCAAAUGGCUCUCCAUUCAGCGAGAUUUCGAAAACACCGACUAUGAAUUUGGGAAGCGAACCAACUCGUACGCAAAAACAAUCACCAAUAAAAAGCACAGUCAGUCAGGAACAACCAUCAACACCCAAAGUGGAUACUAAGAAUCUUUUUCAGACGAUCGAUCAAUUUCAAUCGAAAUUGAAUACUUUAACCAACUCUUUACCAAAAGCAUCGACAUCGUCCGGUGAUUUCGAUAAGUCCCUAGAGAAUUUAACAAAAACUCUUCAGGAUAUGAACAAUACAUUUGAAAAAUCUUCUCAAUCAGUCAAAACAAUGACCCAUGAACAUAUAGAAUACAUGACAAAAAUUGAAAAUGCCCGUUAUCAAUUACGUUCAAGUCUAAAGGAAAAUCUAUAUCAUUCGUUGAAAGACCGUGAACUUGAUCCAUGGACACAAGCACGUCUGGAUUCAAUCAAAACUAAAUAUGAUCAACUUAAACACGAUUUGGAUGUCUUACUGCAAGUAACACACGCAACCAUUCGCGAUAGAUCAGCACCAGACACUUCCGAAGACGCAGAGAAUGAAGAUUUUUUGCCAGAUUUAGAAAUAUCAUUGAUUACGACGGGAACUAUGAAACAACGAUUACGCAAUCGUAUACGAGAACUUAGCCAUAAAGUAUCACAAACAGAAAGCGAUCUGCAGCAAAUCUGUGCCAAAUUAAAUACGGAUAUACUGAGUAGCAAAACCUUCGAUAAGACGACGAUGUCGUCUGAGCGACCAUUUCAUAAUACAGAUGCACAAAUUUUAGCGCAUUUACAAGCUACUCAUAAAACAAUCACUCAAGUUCGUGUACCAUUAGCUGUUGGAAUCAAUCUCUCGUCAACUGUUGAAUCGACGAAAAAACAACCAGUGAAUGAAGCACCAAAAGUAACUACGCCAUCAAUUCAACCAUCAACACCUCACCAAUCGAGUUCGCCAACAGUUGAUUCGGAAAGUUUCAAAAAUAUGCUUCGUCUCGUUCGAACCUCGAUUGAUUUAUUUUCCGGUGUAACUAGUCCUGAACAAUUACAAGAACUUUCAAACACUAUUGCUACAAGUCCAUUAUCAGCAGCGCCAAAAUCGAAUACUACGCCCAUUUCUAAAACUCCAACGACCGCUAAGGCAACGACUUUAACUAAAACAGCCACAUUGCCCAAAACGUUACAAACAACAACUGCCUUACAAACACCUGCAAAAUCGACGACAUCAGCACCACCGGCUAUUUCUGUAACCCCAGCUACACCAGCAACGCAAACUUUUGCUUCAAACGUACCACUUUCAUUCUCGCAAGUCAAACCCACUAUUGUUUCUGCCGCGACUGACCUAACCAAGCCACAGGUAGCAGCAACAUCCGGCGAUAACGCUAUUCGUUCGUUACUUAAUAGUACAGUAUCACCUUCGUUAAAUACAGCAUCGGUCACUAAACCAUUAGCCAAUACCACUACACCUAAUCAAGUUGCACUAUCAAGUUCAUUUGGUGUAUCUUCACUUUUCAAUCAACCUGGAACUUCAUCUCCAUCAACAACUACCAUAACAUCAUUAUCCUCAACGAUCACAACAUCAGUACAAUCAACAUCGCCAACAGUUAAACCAUUGACGUCAUCUGGAGCUGGCGCGUUUGGAUCAAAGCCAGCACUCGGCGGUAGUUCUUCAUUGAAUUUAGGAUCUCUAUCAGCCAGUAUUUCAUUCGACAACAGCUCUUCUGUAACACCACUAGCAACAACAAUAUCCACGCCCAGUCCAUCUGGUACCGUAUUCGGUACACCAUCUUCGACGGCGCCAACUUCAACUGCAACUACAGGCCCAUUUGGUGGCUCUAUAAUGACACCUGUAACCACUUCAGCUUCUACCGGCAGCGCAUUUGGAAGUUUAUCUGGGCCAUUCGGUGCUACAGUGGCAAUAGCAACCACGGCUCCCACAUCCGGUUUAUUUUCCACUCCAACCACUGCAUCAACCGGUAUAUUUGGUAGUACAAUAACUACUACAGCGACAAGUCCAUUUGGUACUACACCAGCAACUUCAGCCUCUGGAACGGGCAUAUUUGGCACUGCAGCACCUUCUACCGCGCCUUCCACUGGUAUAUUUGGUAGCACAACAACCUCAACUUCUAGUCCGUUUGGUGCUUCACUGCCAACAACAUCAGCCGCUGGAACAGGCAUAUUCGGUGCUGCAACAUCCACUGCAGCACCAUCAACUACAACUACUAGCCCAUUCGGUGCUGUUCCAGUAACUCCAAGUGGUAGUGGAACAGGUGUAUUUGGUAGUGGGUUUGGUGCCACAGCACCAUCAACUUCUACUGCUGGCCCAUUUGGAAGUGUAUUCGCAUCGUCAUCAUCAUCUUCAACAGCAGCAGCACCGUCAGGUUCAAUCUUUGGCGGAUUUGGUGGCUCUUCAACUGCAUCAGCAUCGUCUCCCACCACUGGUGGCUUCAGUGUGAAUUUAUCUGCUACGUCACCAACGAGCUCUACCGCUUUUGGUGCUAGCCCAUCAUUUGGAAGCGGCUUUUCUGGCUUUAAUACACAGUCAAAACCGUCUGGAGCAACAACUGGAUUCUCUUUCGGUGGAUUUGCUGGACAAAGUUCGAGCUCAGGUGCUCCCGCGCCGACAUUCGCUUCUUUUGGAUCAGCCGCAACUGCAGCAGCGCAACCAACAUCAUCCCCAUUUGGUGGUUCCAUGUUCGGAAGCGCAGCGCCUACUCAACCGAGCGGCUUUGGUGGUAAGUUGUUUGCGUUUGGAGAAAGUUUCUUUUUGUCUACUUUGGAAAACUUUCUUACGAUAGGUUCACCUUUCGGCGGUCCAUCACCAGCUCAGUCGCCAACAUCGAGUUCAUUUACAAGCUAUCGUGAUCGUAAAUAG